AUGUCAAAUGAAUUGUUUACAUUUAAUUUCCUUCAAUUGAUUGACCAAUGGUUGGCCAAUAGUAAAGAAAAAGAAGGUGUAGUAAUUGGAAUGAUUGAUUAUACUAUCAUUGAUCAUGACGGUGAUUUGGAUAAGUUGAUUCCAGAGGAAUUUGCUCUCAAUCAUCCAAUUAUCAGUUUUAAAAUAAUCAAAGAUAUCAACAUGCAGGAUGGAAUCAUUGAACAAGGUUUCUUGGAAUCAAGUUAUGAUUUAAUUCUAUCAACUAGUCAGUUCAAUCAUUUAUCAAAUCAAUUUUAUAGAUUAUUAAAUCCUUGUGGUAAUUUAUUAUUUAUUAAUAAUAAUCAACAAGAGGGAGAAAAAGAAGAAGAUAAAUUAAUUUGUAAAGAAUCAAUAUUUGAAAUGGAACGUGAACCCAUUGACCAUUUAUUGUUUAUAACACCUUCAUCUACUUCUUCAUCAGAGACAACUAAAUUAUUUACAACAAAAUUAAUUCAACAAUCUCAGACAAUUACAAAGAGUAUUGAAAUAUUUUCAUCAGAUGAUUUAAUGAAUCCUGAUAAAUAUCAAUUAUUAUUAGAUUCAAUAUCGAUGGAAAAGAAUAGUGAUAAAAAGGUUACAAUCAUUUAUUUGGAGUCAUUGGAAGAGUUGACUGUUGAGAGUAUAACACCAAAAUCAAGUCAGUAUCUUCAUCUUCACCAAAUCAUCAGACAAGAGGAAUUACCAGUUAAAUUAAUUGCUCUAAGAACUGGAUUCUUUAAUGAAUGUUUGACUUCGAUUGCAAGAGAAUUUGGGUAUAGAUGUGGUAAUGGCCGUUUUGAAUUUGGUACAAUGGUUAUUACUUUGGACAAGGAAUCAAUCGAUCGUGUUACACUUGACCAAAUUUUAAAAGUAUCAAAUUAUUCAAAACUUGGUGAAUUGGAUUAUAAAUUGGAGUGUACAGAUGACAGUAGUAAUAUUCAAGUAAUGGUUGAAAGAGUAUUGGAUUCAAAUGACUCAUUUGCAUUGGAGAAAAAUAGAAUGACAGUCACCGAUCAAAAAGAAACCAAGAUUAAAUUUGAAAAGGAUGGUAAAUAUCAUUUACGUGCAAGACAAGAGACACUUCAAGAUGGACAUGUAGAGAUAAGGGUGAUGGCAUCAUCAUUAAACUUUAAAGAUUGUUUAAUGUUGGAUGGAGGUGUACCACAAGAAAUAUUCCCAACUGGUGAUGUUUACGACCCACCAUUUGGACAAGACUGUGCUGGUAUUAUUACGCGAGUUGGUCCAAAUGUGACACGAUUCAAAGUUGGUGACGAGGUAUUUGGUGUUGUCCCUGGCUCUCAUACUUCUCAUGUCAUAUCUGAGCAAGGUCCCCUUGUAUUCAAACCAAAAGAGUUGUCGUUUGUUGAAGCUGCAUCAAUUGUCACGGUUGGUAUCACCAGCUACUACAGUCUUUACAAAAAGGGUAAUAUCAAUCCUGACGACUCGAUCCUCUUGCACAGUGCAUCGGGUGGUGUCGGGUUGGCAGCACUCAAUUUCUUGAAACAUAAAGGUCACCGUGGAAAGAUUUUCGCAACGAUUGGAAGUGGACAGGAAAAGGUACAGUAUCUCAAAGAUACCUAUGGUAGCUUUAUCACUGCUAUCCUUCCAUCAUCACACUUUGCAAGAGAUAUUCUCGAAUUGACCGAUGAAAAGGGUGUCGAAUACAUUCUCAAUACACUCGACCACUCUCAAAUGCAACAGAAUUUCCAAGCUCUCUCUGAAACUGGAACACUGAUUGAUCUGUCAAUCGAUCAAUUCUCCAACUUGGACAACAUGGACACCCAAUCGUUAAAGUAUCAAAGAAGUUAUAUUGCUAUUCACAUGACCCGUUUCUCUCCAGGUCUCUCUGAUAUCGUCGAUCUUAUUGUCAAAGAGGGUAUGCCGUUGACUCCAAUCAUUGCAUUCCCAGGUCAAGAUAUUCACAAAGCAAUGGACCUCAUGAAAUCAAGAAAACAUUUUGGAAAGAUUGUUCUAGACUAUCAAAACAUCGACCGAGAUCUCUAUCCAGUUCUAGUCAAACAACCAAAAGCAAUUGAAAGAUUAUCAUACAAUCUUGAUGGUUGCCAAGGUACAAUGCUUGUAACUGGUCAAUCUGGUAUCUCUGUCGAAUGUAUCCACUACUGUCUCAAACAUUCUCCUAAAUUGACCAACAUUAUUGUUUUCUCAUUUUCUAAACCAAAGUUUGAAAUGCAAUGGUUAGAUCAUAUCAUCCAAACAAACUAUCCACAUGUAAAACUCCAUUAUUUACAAUGUGAUCUUGGUCAUUAUAACUCUCUCAAAUCAUCCAUUCAAUCAUUGUACCAAGCCAAUAGUCGUAUGGAACCAGUUAGCGUGGUAAUACAUUGUGCCGCAGCAUAUGUAUCAGAGGAAAUAGAAUUGGGAGCACAUGCAGAAGCAUUGUCAGCCAAAUCGGUUGGUGCUUGGAACCUUCACAACCUAUUCGAAGAGUUGGGAUGGAAAUUAAAUCAUUUCCAUUUAUUUUCAUCGGUUGGACAAUAUCUCGUCAGAGGAAGUACAAGUUAUGGUGUUGCUAAUUUAUUCUUGGAUAGUCUUGCAAUGUACAGAAGAUCAAUUGGGUUAGAGGCCACAUCAAUUGCAUGGGGAUCAAUUGGUAGUACUGGAAGAGCUGUUGUGAACCAAGGUUCAAAUGCAACUCUACAAGGAUUAGGUAUGAGCUUGCUUCCAUUGUCAAGUAUCUAUGGUGUACUCAGAUCAUCAUUUGCCAACCAGACAACACCAAUCACUCGAGCCAUUUGUGCUUGUUUCAUGACCAAACGAUUUGUUGGUUCACAUCCAUUCCUCCAACACACAUUUGGACAUUUACUAGAAGAGGAUCUAGGAGUCAGUGCCAAGAAAAAGAAUAAUGCACAAGAUGGAAAUAGUAUAGAGAAUAUGAUUGUAGAUCAUAUUGCAGAAGCACUGUCUAUUGAGAAAUCACUCUUGUCACCAGACACCAAACUCAAAGAUUACGGUGUCGAUUCAAUGGUUUCAAUUCAAAUUAAAUCUUGGAUUGAACUUGAAUUUGGUAAGACUCAAAUCAUUAAUCAUUCUCAAAUUUCAAAUGGGUCACUUAAUUCAAUCAUCCAAGCUGUUUCAAAUAAGAAAUAA